GCCAUAUCCAUUCCAUAUGUCGACCAGCAGCAGUGCUCCGUCUAAUCAAAAAAUUAAAUAAAGAUUUUGAGGGGAUUUCGUCAUUUUUUUUUUGAAAAUUCAAACUGUGCAUUCAAAUCAUCUGAAUUGGAAUUUCCUAGUCCCGCGGUCAAUCAGAACAAGACAAUUGGUCAUCGCGGGCGAAGUGAUGGGGAUGACCGGCGCUUAUUGGAUUGUCGUCGUCGCCAUCAGCAUCCUGGCCGUCGCCAAUGGCCAGCGCACCACGGUGACGAGGACGACGACGGUGACGGUGACCAAAACUUCAACGUCUUACAUUUCGACUUACGCCAUUUGCGCUACGGUGACGACCACCGUCUCGGCCGUCGUCACCAAUUGCAGACGACGGCGUCAGUACUGGAUCGACGUCCCCGUUUACAUCGCCCUGGACGAGGAGUUGGACGACCAGCUCACCCAAUUCUUCAACAUUAAUCCUUCCAACACUUAUCCGGUCGAACCGACAGCCAGUCCAGGAAUUGGGUUCAAGAUCGACGACGACGAUUUCCAGCAGCCGGGCGACGAGUUUUCAAGGUUCGUCAAUCCUGGCGCUGGAGUUUCUUCCGGUCACCGCCUCCAGGGCUCGUUGGUUCCGCCGUUCGGCGUGACUGACGAUUUAGAAGAAAGAAAACCGGAACCGAUUGGUUUCGCCGUGAUCGGCAACGCCAUUAACAACGCCCUGAUCGCCCUGGGACUGGCCAAUCCGACGACGUUCGUCACCGACACGUCGACCACCACGAAAUCGACGACGAUGAAAACGACGACGGCCACCAAAACCAUUUUCCUUUCCGGCUGCCGGCCCAGUCCGUUCCCCUUCUCCACCUGCGGGCCCAUACGAUAGAACAACGCAAUAUAAUUAGACAUUUAUUAUUUAUAGUAUACGUAUAACAUUCGAUAGUCUCCCCCAUCACGUAAUGUCAUUUGAUUUUUUAAUUUAUUCCCAAACAACAACCGUUUCCGUCGUCGUCAUCCAUUCACUUUGAUUGAUCCAUUUUCGCCAAUUUAUCCUUAUACGAUUGUAAUUCGCCAAACGUCUUUUAUUUGGUCACAUGAUUAUAAACAAUAAUUAAUUAAUUAAUAUGCUGUAUAAUGCUGAGAGUAUAUCUAUUUAUAGUGGCUUUUGAUUUUGUUGUUGUGGUCGCCCGUUUGCUGCUGGUUUGGUUUUCCCGCAACCAAAUGGUCAAAUCAGCCAAGCAAUUCAACCACAAGCGCCCGUCCAAUCCUCAGAGAUGAAGGCCAUCAUGACAAUUUGCUGCUGACGCAUUUCCCGUGUAACUUAAAUAUGUUAGUCUAUAUAAUAAUAAAUGCAGUAGUAUUCGA